UGGUAAGCGGGUGGCGUCUAGGGCUCUCCGGCUCCUGUACUCCGCUGGCGGUGUAGCAGAGGCUUACAGAGCCGCUGGGCCUGGCAGGUUCAGGUUCAUCCCUCCCUGUCAUCUGAUGAUCGAUCCUGACGCCAAGUGCCUGACGCCACCAUUGUUUCUCAAGUCACAUACCAGGGGCUGCGAUGGACCUAGUUCUCAGUGCCGCCGAUUACUACUUCUUCACGCCGUAUGUAUAUCCAGCCACGUGGCCCGAGGACAACAUUAUCCGACAAACUAUUAGUCUCCUGAUUGUCACAAACCUGGGUGCCUACAUCCUCUAUUUCGUCUGUGCAACCCUCAGCUAUUAUUUUGUCUAUGAUCAUUCAUUAAUGAAACAUCCACAGUUUUUAAAGAAUCAGGUCUCUCGAGAGAUCGUGUUCACUGUCAAGUCUUUGCCAUGGAUCAGCAUUCCCACGGUGUCAUUGUUCCUGCUGGAGCUGAGGGGUUACAGCAAGCUCUACGAUGACAUAGGAGACUUUCCACAUGGCUGGAUUCAUCUCAUCAUCAGCGUGAUAUCCUUCCUCUUUUUCACGGACAUGUUGAUCUACUGGAUUCAUAGGGGUCUGCACCACAGACUGGUCUACAAGCGCAUACAUAAACCUCAUCAUAUCUGGAAGAUUCCCACGCCGUUUGCAAGUCAUGCUUUUCACCCUGUGGACGGCUUCCUUCAGAGUCUGCCUUACCAUAUAUACCCCUUUGUCUUUCCACUGCACAAGGUGGUCUACUUAGGUUUAUAUGUCUUGGUCAAUGUCUGGACAAUUUCUAUUCAUGAUGGUGAUUUCCGGGUUCCCCAGAUCUUAAGGCCCUUUAUUAACGGGUCAGCUCAUCACACAGACCACCACAUGUUCUUUGACUAUAACUAUGGACAGUAUUUCACAUUGUGGGAUAGAAUUGGAGGCUCAUUUAAACAUCCUUCCUCUUUUGAAGGGAAAGGACCGCAUAGUUAUGUGAAGAACAUGACAGAAAAAGAAUCCAGCAGCCUUGCAGAAAACGGCUGUAAAAGCAACAAAUUAUGCAAUGUAGAGUUUACGAAGAACAAGUAGAUUAUUUCCCCAAUUAUUAACUAUUUUAAAUAAGAAAAUAAUCUACACACAGUCAAGAUACGUAGCAGAUAAGUGGUGUCAUCUGAGUGUCAGCAUUGCUUGAGUGUCGUGCUGAGGAGUGGUCCUGACGGUAAACAGCAGGAAGAUACUGGGAGCAUCGUAAUCUCUUGGUUAAUUGAUCCAGGGGCAACUUGUGUCUUUCGAGCCAGCUGAUCUGCAGCCUGUACAGCCCCGACAACACCUUUAAAUACGGUAGAAAAUACGCUACUGAAGAGACUGGUCAGGGUUCUUUUGCCUUAACCCACUCAUAUUCAUUAAGGAAAACAAUAUCCAUUGUGCUUAACAAUACUGAGACCGGCCAGGAAACCCUAACGUGAAGAUGCCCCUGUCCCAGGAGCGGCUGCCUCUGCAGCAGUGCUGGGGACUUGCAGGACUUCAUUCAAAUAGGAAUAUCAGUCCAAGCAGGCUGAUACGUGAGUGGCAAUGUAUAUGAUUUACUUAAUGGCUGGUGUAAUGAGAUAGUAUUUUCUUCCUAUACAUAGGCAUCUUACUCUCUGGGGCAUUAUCAGAUAUUAAUCAUGAAUAAAUAAAUAAAUGGUAAUUUUUUUAAAUGUCAGCUCUUCCACAACUCAGUGCAGAUAGGAGAUUAUUUAACCCAAGAUCUUGGUGAAUGUCAUUUUUUUUUGUUUGUUUGUUUGUUUUUUGGUUUUUUUUUUUUUUGGUUUUUUUUGUUUUUUAGGCAGGCUUUCUCUGUGUAGCGCUGGCUGUUCAGGAACUCUGUAGACUGGGCUGGCCUCAAACUCAGAGAUCUACCCACCCCUGCCGUGAUCGAAGGUGUGCACCACCACCGCCCAGCUUGAUGUGUGUCAUUUAAAACCACUGUUUAAUACCCUACAGACAUGAGUCUGGAUAAUUCCAGAUAUAAACUAGUGGCACCCAGGUGACAUCGUCUUUAAUAAAGUGGACACACUGUAUUUUUGAUGUAUUUCUCAGUUACGAAGCUGACUUUUUUUUAAUGAAGGGAAUAAUUGCCAAGUAGUUAAGUCUACCUGAGACACUUUUAAACCUCAUCUUCCAUUUCUUUUCUCUCUUCCCACUGCCUCUGCAGAAAAUAAUGAAGAAAGGUGGAUGUUGUAAGCUAAGUAUAUUUGCCAGGGGAGAAGAUAUGUUUUUAUAAAGUUAUUCUAGUGGCUAUUUAUGCAAAAAAAAAACAAUAAAAGUUGAUCAUGACUGCUAUCAUCCACUUAAAUGUUAUAACACAAAACUCCAGAUGCUUAGAGUCACACUGCGCUGCAUGUCCGUCACUGCAACCGCCUCUUUCUCAUUUGUUAGUGGACUUUAUCAAGUGCUCUGAGGAAGUGGAAACGAGAAGUUAAGAGGUUCUAUGUCAGGAUCUAGACUUCCUUUUUCCUGGAUAUACAACCCACCAGAACCCUGGACUCUGAACACAUCAGCAUCACUAAGACACAGACUGACUAGGAUGUUAGAUGAAUCUGACACCUAGCUCUUAGCAGUGUACUGUGCAUACAAACGGAUCCGUAAGAUAUACUGUUUGAUACUACAUCAAGAAAUGGCACACAUACAUACAUACAUACAUACAUACACACACACACCCCAAACAGGACAUCUCCAUCACCCCUAACCCCCAAGGAAGGAAAGCAGAGGCCAGGGAAGAUGCUGCAAGACUCUGGACAUGAGGGGCCUUGGUGCUUGUGAACUCACUGUAGCUGUGGCUGCCAGCAUAUGAUGCAACCAGUCAGCAUCCCAGCGUGGAUAGGGUGAUGGAUGGGGUAAGGGGCUCAGAGCGUCCCACCUCUAGCUGGGAGCUUCUGACAGUCGAUGAUUGCAAGGGAGGGCAAAGUCUGUUGGCAGUGGUCCAGUCUCUGAGUUGCUUUUGCACCAUUGGAUUUCCUCCCAGGCCAGGGCCUGCUCUGAUUGGACUCUGGCCUAUAAAGGAAAAGAAGAUAGAAAAAUUGGAGAGGGGUGAGGAGGGGUCUGGGAAAAGUUGGGCAUCAGAAAGGUAGAGUGGAUCUGAUCAAAAUGCUGUGUGUGUGUGUGUGUGUGUGUGUGUGUGUGUGUGUGUGUGUGUGUGUGUUUAAGAAUAGCAGCCUCACCAUAGGAGUCCCUAAGAGCCUUGGAGUGAGUCAGAGCAGGUGCCCUGUACUCUCCCUCCCACGGGGAUGAGUCACUACUGCCCAGUAGGAUCAAGCACAGAGAAGCUUGUCUCCUGUCUUCUGGGUUCCAUGAUGAUUAUGGUCAGUCUUCUGCUAGGCCCUCAAUAGGAGUACGGUGAAGGGGCCUGCUUUCCCUUCAUACUGGAGGGUGAAAAACAUUGUGAUAAGUUACAGAAAUACGUAGCUAGAAUCGAAAACAAGUCACUGCCCACUGUGAAUUGUUUCUAAUAGCUUUAAUUUGCUAAUAUUUUUUUUGUUGCUGUAGCUUUCUUUUUAAAAAUGUGUCAUAAACCAGUCUAGAGUAAAAUUGAGAGACAAAAUAGAAGCCCACCUUCACCCUAAAAUAGAAUAAACUUCUUAAGAAGGACAGGACGUAUAUAACCCACAUUUUACUAGGAUUUGGUAUAGGAAGAAAAAUAUUCAUAAAAACUUGUUUUAAUAAGUAUUUGCUUUGUGAAGAUACAGUGAAGAUAAUUGUUCAGGGCCAGGAUGUAGCCUAAUGGUGGGGUAUGUGCAUGGCAUGUGUCAGGCCCUCAGAGCCAUCCCCAGCCUGACAAAAAUGUUUUCUUCCUAAUCUCUAAAGUCAAAUUGAAGGCUUCUAUUAGUUGUAAGUACAAUAGAGUUUAAAAAAAAAUUAUAUUUCGUUUUUUUUUUUUUUUUUUUAACAGUGACCUCCUAAGUUGGGCCUAUAAAAUCCUUGUAAUGAACUUGUAACCAUUCGCCUUCUAUAAUGAGGUUUUCUUAAAUUUGGUAAGAGACUUCACAUUUGAUUCAGCCCCCUGGUCAGACUUGUGCUUGAGUGCCUGGAGAGCCUCCCAUCCCUCAGAGAUAACACCUGACAUGGGAUGCUAUCAGAAAUUAGUCAUCCGUCUGGCAGCCCUUCCUCGGAGCUAGUUUAUCUCGCCGCUUUUUUUACUCUCCAUCCUCUCUGGCUGUCUCUUGGACUAUUAUGAUUUUACUCAGCCAUUCAUUGGAUGAAAAUUUGACCCUUAACGUGCUGCUAAAGAAACAGGUAGAAACUUAGCGCACAUCUAUCUAUUAAGGCUGGCACUGGAUCAGUGGCUCUCGUCUUCUGCUCGGGCUGUCUGGUUGCUUUCAUAGGAUUAAACGAGCCUGUCUGAACUGUACAAUUCAGCCAUGACGUUUCUGUACCAGUGCCAACAUCACUCCCAGUCAAGACAGAACAGAUCCUUCACCAGCGCAUGCACUGGCUCCCUCUGCAGUCAGUGGGUCACCCUCUACCUUCAACAUACACCCCAGGUAGUCACUCAUCUACUCUGUCCCUGGGGAUUAAUCUUGUCUGUUCUGUUGUUUCAUUUAAGUUGAAUCAAGAUGACAUAUACUCUCCGUGUUGAAGUUUUAUUUUUAGCUUAACAUGUUUUGACAUGUGUGCUGUUACUGAGCAAUAGCUUGUUCCUUUUUAUUGGUGAGUAGUAUUCCUAUUAUGAUAUACUUAUUAUAAUAAGUAAUAUAUGACUAUUAGCCAACCUGUGUAUCUGUUGAUAGAUAUUUGGGUUAUUUCCAGCGUGGGAAUAUUUUGAAUAAAGCUACUACAGACAUUUGUGAACAAA